ACACAAACAUUUCACUUCAAUCUUUUGCCGCUUCCACCAUUAAAAUGCUCUUCAACUUUCCCUGCAACUCUCAGCUGCUUCCUCUCUCUUGUCAGUUGUAUCUACCGUCACAAAAACAGAGCCAAUUGAACUCUCUCAGUAAAAGCUAGCACAAACCAGACAACCAGCUAACCAACCAACCAACCAAACCAUGUUUGAUGAUGAAAGUCCCAAACUUCCUAACCCACUCAUUGUCUUUAUCAACCAAUUGCAAUACUUAAAAAGAUCGAUACUUUCCGUUCUUCUUAGCUUGCCCACUUCUCUUCUUGCUCUGCUUCUCCUUCUCCUUUUGGCCUACAAUGGCUUCUAUGUCUUCUGUAUUUACCUUCCUCUUUCCAAGCCCUCGCCGGACCCUGCCAUUUUCUCCCCGGGAAAUCUCGCCGGGGAUUCUGUAAGUAAUUGGGUUCCUGCGCAUGUUUCUUCUUCUUCUUCAAGUUCAAAAAUUUCUUCUUCUGUGAUGUAUGUGGUGAAGGAAGAAAAUGCGCCUAUGUUCUUAAAAACUCAUUUGCCUCCUCUGCACAACCCAAGAAAUUCAAUGGUACCCAUCCCAAAAUUUUCACUCCAAAGGCCAAGGCGGAUCAGAAAACACAAGCGCAAGCUCAAAAGCUUACCCCCUGAACCAAAACUCUCUCUGUUUUCAACAAGAAUGAGAGACUUCUUUGCUGGUAACUCUUCUUCUUGUAAAGUCAGGUUCUUUAUGACUUGGAUUUCGUCCAAGACUUUUGGAAACAGGGAAUUGCUGGCUGUGGAGAGCUUGUUCAAGUCCCAUCCAAAUGCUUGUUUGGCCAUAGUCUCAAAUUCGCUGGAUUCAGAGAAAGGAAGUCAAAUUUUGAGGCCAUUCUCAGAAAUGGAUUUCAGGGUAAUGGCAAUUUCUCCGGACUUUGAUUACUUAUUCAAGAACACUCCAGCAGAAGCUUGGUAUAGUGAGCUAAGGACAGGGAAAGUGAAUCCUGGUGGAGUUUCUUUGGGUCAAAAUCUCUCUAAUUUGCUUAGGCUUGCUUUGUUGUAUAAGUUUGGUGGUAUUUAUUUAGACACAGAUGUUAUAGUGCUAAAGAGUUUAUCAAAGUUGAGAAAUGUGAUUGGAGCUCAGGCAAUUGAUGCCCAAACUGGGAAUUGGAGCAGACUGAAUAAUGCUGUGUUGGUAUUUGAUAAGAACCAUCCAUUGAUCUUCAAGUUUAUCCAAGAAUUUGCUCUCACAUUUGAUGGGAACAAGUGGGGUCACAAUGGCCCUUACUUGGUUUCAAGGGUGGUUUCAAGAGUGAGAGAAAAUCCAAAAAACCCAGGUUUUAAUUUCACUGUCUUAACACCCUCAGCGUUCUAUCCGUUUAACUGGAGCCGAAUUCGGAGUCUCUUUCGGGGUCCUAAAGAUGAGCUUCAUUCAAAAUGGUUACUUGCAAAGCUGAGGCAUAUUUGUUCUCAAAGCUUUGCACUGCAUUUGUGGAACAGCCAGAGUAGACGGCUGAAUGUUGAGAAGGGAAGCAUUAUUGAUCAUCUAAUGUCAGAAUUUUCAAUCUUUCCCAAUUCUUCAGCUUCAAGCUCUGUCAAGAUAGAAUAAGGUUGAUAAAUUGUGUAUGUGUUACUUUGUCUUGUUCAUUGUUUUAGAGGUUGGUUGUUUUUCUAUUUAAGAUAUGUUUCAACUGCCAACUCAGUUCGUUCAGAUAUUGUGGUGGUGAAUGGCUGAGGAGGAAUAAAAGAAAUAAUAACCCAAAAAAUCGAAAAUCAAAAUGAUUUUUUCUUGUAUAUUUAUCGUUGGUUCUCA